AUGACGCGCGCUCAGCAGACCAUUUCGAUUGGCCUCCUUCUAUCAUCUCUGUACCUCGCAUGUUUUUUCGGCCUCGUACCUUUCCCACAGCAGAUUCAGGAUGAUGUCAUACCAUACGUUCCCUUCUGGGCCCUAGUUUCGUUUGGCGCAUACCUCUUGGGAAAGCUCGGUUGGGGAGUUCUCACUUUUAACGAUGUUCCAGAGGCGCAUAAGGAGUUGAUGGCACAAAUCCAAGAGGCGAGAGCCGAUCUACGGACGAUGGGAGUGGACGUAGAUUGA